GCAGCCGGACGGCAGCAGCGGGAGAAUGGCGACGUUGACCAAAGCUCAGUCGGAGCCGAAUCUGUUGGCGCUGGAGGAGGACCUGACGUGCUCCAUCUGCCUCAGCAUCUUCGACGCCCCCGUGACGGUGCCCUGCGGGCACAACUUCUGUGCCUACUGCCUGGAGCAAACCUGGGCCAGCCAGGUGCGGGACUUCAGCUGCCCGCAGUGCCGCACCACCUUCCCGGACCGCCCGCAGCUCCACAAGAACACGGUGCUGUGCCGGGUGGUGGAGCAGCUGCAGGGCUGCGGGGACGGGAAGGAGGACGAUGAGCACGAGGAGGAAGAGCAGGAGGCGGCAGCCCCCAUCUACUGCGACAGUUGUCUGCAAGCGGCCGCCACGCAGACCUGCCUCACCUGCAUGGCCUCCUUCUGCCCCGAGCACCUGCGGCCGCACUACGACAGCCCGGCCUUCCGCCACCAUCAGCUGUGCCCGCCCGUGCGGGACCUGCAGCAGAGGAAGUGCCCGCAGCACAACAAGCUCUUUGAGUUCUUCUGCAGCCAGCACAGCUGCUGCAUCUGCUCGCUCUGCCUGCUGAGCCACAAGCUGUGCCACACCAGCCCGCUGCAGCAGGCCAAAGACAACGCUGAGUCAGCACUGAAGAAGAGGCUGGCAGAGCUGCACAAUCAGAGUGAAAGAUCUGUGCAAGCAAUGAACUCUGUGAAAACAAUCCAAAGACAAGCUGCUGAGACAGCUGCCAGAAAGCGAGAUUUGCUGAGAGCUGAGUUUUUGGAAAUUAAAGCUUUAAUUGAAGAAAAAGAAAACCAGACCCUAAAAGUAUUUAUGGAAGAAGAAAAAAGAGUUUGCAAUAAGUUUGAUUACGUAUAUAAAAUUCUGGGAAAUAAGAAGAAUGAAAUUCAGUCUCUGAGAGACCAGAUUGAGAUGGCACUGACUGAAGGUGAUGACGUUCUCUUUUUAAAGAGAGCAGCAGCGCUGCAACGAACAUCAAUAAAAGAGGCUUUUGUCCCAGUAAUUGAAAUGGACAACAACAUGAUACAUGCUGCUUAUCAGUCUGCCAUUAACCUUAAAGAUGUUGUCAAACUUGCAGUGAAUGUGUCUGUGGAUAAAAGAACGGAUGCAAAACCACCACCUGGGAAAACAAAGCCUCCUUCAGUGCCUUCCCCAAACAAACCCGUUGUUAAAAAAAAGCUUGCUGCAGACUCACGUACCCACAAAGACAAAAUCCCUCACCCAACUAAAACCACUCUGCUGGAGGAGACAGAUACCCAAGACAAAAGGAAUCCUGUUAAACUUGCACCAAGCAUGGGAGCACCAAGCAUGGGAGCACCAAGCGCUGCAAAUGCUGCUAAAGUGAAAGAACUUAUUAGCAGCUUCCUGAAAAAACCCAGAGCGGAGCUUUUGCAGUAUGCUGCUAACGUCACGCUGGAUUUCAACACAGCUCACAGCAAAGUGGCUCUGUCUGAGAGAUACACCAAGAUGUCUGUUUCAGACACCCAACUGAAUUAUAACCACCACCCUCAGCGUUUCACCGACUGCCCCCAGGUGCUGGGGUUCCAGUGCUUCAAGAGAGGCAUCCACUACUGGGAAGUGGAAAUGCAGCAGAACAACUUCUGUGGCAUUGGCAUCUGCUAUGGCAGCAUGGAGCGGCAGGGGCCGGACAGCCGCCUGGGUAGGAACAGCAGUUCUUGGUGUAUCGAGUGGUUUAAUUCCAAAAUUUCAGCCUGGCAUAAUGAUGUUGAAAAGUGCUUACCCAAUACAAAGGCCACUAAGAUUGGUGUGCUGCUCCACUGUGAUGGAGGGUUCGUGCUUUUCUUGACUGUUGAGGAAAAGCUUAAUUUGAUCUAUAAAUUCAAAGCCCAGUUUACUGAAGCUGUGUACCCUGCCUUCUGGUUAUUUUCCAGUGGCACUGUUCUCUCUCUCUGGUAAAUGAAACCAUAAGGCCUGGUGCCUUCACGUAAUUUGCUUGAGUACUGACAUGCAGGUAAUCACUCCUUGCAACAUCUCAUCUUUGUAGCUAUAAAAUAUAUGUUGAAAUCAUAAACAAUUUACAUGCUUGUCUUAGACUAAGCAGUAUCAAAGAUUCUGGGUUGGUUGGGUUUUUUUUUUUUUUGGUGGGUUUUGGUGUUUUUCUGUUUUUUCUUUCAAUGAAAAAUUCAUGACUCUUUUAGGUAGUUUAGGAUAUUGCAUCAUUCUAUGGCCUGCAUUGCUAAAGCCUUUAGACAGUGAUUUAGUAAAACGAUGAGAGUAAAAACCACAGAGAAAGGAUUUGCAAAGACUACACCGUCCUUCCAAAAGCAAAGUUAUGACACAACCCACUAGCACAUGCCUUCAGUAGCUGCUGUAGAUUCUGCAGUUGCUGUAAAGGAUCUCCUGUGUUUCACAGGUAGCAAUAUGACUGUUUGAGAAGGAAAUAGGAGAGAUUCCCUGAAGAGGUGUUUCAGGUUUUGAGGAUGGUUUCAGUUUUGCAUUAACCUUUUCUCUAUAUUCAGACUGUUGUCUAAAGCCAGGAUUUACAAUGUGUGCUCUCAGUGUGCAAUUGCCACUGAGAUGGAGCAGAAUGAACUGUUGAAAGAGGUGAAUUCAGGUCUUGUGACACUCAGUUGUAAAAAUCACGAUGACAAACCUCAUUAGAGACUUUCAGAGCUGAUGGAUAAGACAUGUAUCAGAAUCACCGGGAAAUAAAUGACAGUGAAUGUAUCACAGAGUGUCUUCAGGAAGGUAUCCUGUGUAGCAGUGUGGAUCUGUAAUAGUCUGAUGGCUGAAGCAUUCUGUGUCAUGUUCUGACCCAGAAUACGCUUCAUAUCCUCACAAAGAAGGCUCUUUGGAGUAUUUGUUGUGUGCUGAGGAGUUCAGGGAGUGUAUUUUUGCUUUGCACAGGAGCAUAAAUGUGCUGUUUACUUGAAGCAGUGUCUUCUGUGAUAAAGCUUUUCCUCUUUGUAAGGCAGGAUAUCCUCUCUUGGCAUAUUUUCAUUUGCUUAGUUAGUAGAGACUGGAUUUCCUGCAGGGUGGUUAUGUUACUGUGACUCUGAUUUGAGGAGCACAGUACGUAAACAGUGAUGUUUCCUCUUAGCACAAAAAGGGAAUACAAAUACACUUCCAUCUCCUCUGAGAUGGAUCUUUAAUUCUCCUGGUCUUCUUUGGGUUGUGGUAUGUUUCCAGAAGUCCUCAUCAUGUGCAGAGGAAUCUGUACCUCAACUUUUCUUAAUUACAACUUUAAAACAAUCAGGAGGCAACCAAGGUAUUUGGAUCUCCUAGUUAUCGAGUCUGUACCUUGGUGAUGUCUCUGGACUUACUAUGCUAGCUCUAUUUCUUGGAGUACCCCAUGAAGAACAAGGAAGCUCAUGUGACAGAAUUCUUGGACUCUAGUGGGAUUUAGUAUGUACUGAGAAAUAAAACACAACGCUACUGCUGACAGUUUGAGAGGAACUGUCAGAAUGCUCAAAAGAACCUCUGACUACAUUUCAUGUUAGUCAAAGAGUUUCAUGGGGCAACUUGUAGGAAUUUAGGCUUUGUUGUCUUUGGUUAAUUGGUUUGAAAGCUCAUAGUACUUUGCAAAGGAUAGCAUCAUUCUGAUACUUCCAUUCCUUUGUCCAGAAUGGUAUAUGGAAUUGAUGCUGGAUCUAAAAGUGUGACUGCUGUCUUUGGAAUGGUUGUUCUAUCUCAAGAGUCCCACCCUUCCAAUGCACAGUUACACUGAAACACUUUGACAGGUGAGGAAGGAGGAUGGGUCCUCUUAGGAGCAAAGAGUGCAGUCAGAGCCUCUUUCUCCUGCAUUUCCAGCUCUCCAGCUGUGGGGACAUGAGCAGUUUCAUCUGAGAAAUGCUGUCCAUUGAGCUGCUUAGCCAUGGCAUAGGGCUGCAGACUCACCCAGUGGGAUGCUGAAGGAGUACCCUGCCCCCUUUUUUGGGGGAAAAAAGGUACUCCAGGGGCUCGUGCAGAGGAGAAAUUCCAGCUCUUCGGUUAUCUUCUUGAUCUUUGGGUUUCAAAGGGGUAUCAAUGUUAACCUCUAAGUCUUUGGGCUUGCUUUAGCCCAAAGUGCAUAGAGUGGCAUGGAGUGCGACUCAAGCUAAGGACAGAAGAGCCCUUAUUCUGCCAUGAUGGAUAAGGGUGGACUCUUUAAACAUGACAUCAGUAUGUACCAUGUAAGACAUGUUCUGGUUUACCAUGAGCAUUGAAACAAGCCUGCCAACGUACUAUAGGCAGUUCUUGUUUUUUGCUUUGUUUUUGUGCCAGAAAUGAACCAGAAUGGCAGAACGAGGGCCUCUUAGUUUGGAACAAAAAGAGAAAUGUACAGCUGAGUUGCCACACUUCUGAAAACUGGUAUUUCAGAUACCUCUGGGUUUACCAAAACAUCACGGCUGAUAUAACAUUAAAGCAUUAGUUACAGCAUGAUAACUAAUGGCUCAGAAAAACUAGAGUGGUUUUACUCAGCCAGUAACACUAUCAAAGCUGCAACGGUUUCAAAUAAAACAUAGAUAUAAACAUGGAUUUCAGUUACACUUCUCUAAAGAACCUGACUUAAUCAGUCUGGAAAGAAAACGAAUCCUGGUGUUCAUAAAGCCAUGAGUAUGUUACAUGAUUUGCAUAUUGAUGCCUUAAUCUGUAUUAAUUUUUCUUCAAUGAAACACACCAGUAAAGUACUACAAUUAGAAAAGUAAAUGCUUGUGUGUGUCUAAAUGUGCUGACUGUACUGGCGUCAGCCACUCGCUACAGCAUGCGUGUGAGAUGCGACGUGAUGCAGCAGUUGCAGCGAGGUGUGCUUGUCAGGGCAGCAGACACUGAUUUUAUGCCAUCUGUUUCAUUGCCACGCCUAUCAUCUUUUAGAUGUCAUUGAUCGUUUCAGUUGUCUCAAUGAACUGUUUUUUGUUUUUUUUUUUUUUUGCUUUUAAUUAAAAAAAAAAUAUAUUAAUUGUAAACACAAACUCUGAAGGUUUUCUUCCGUGCUCAGACUUGAAUCGAGCAGCAAGGAAAGCAGAAAUAAAGAUACCACCGUGUUCAAA